GUUGCUGGUAUAUCAAUAGCUAUCACCAACUUUUCUGGAUUCAUAGGAGCAAAGGUACUCAAACAGAUUGGAAUAAAGUACUUGACGAUUGUAUCUACUUUGUUGAAAUGUAUUUCCACGUACGUGUAUGCUUUCAACUGUAAACGACGCAGUGUCUUUUGCCGGGUGGAUGACGGUACUAGCUGUUGCUAUUUGCUUGGCAUUUUCAACAAAUGUAUCUGUCGAUUGGGGUUAAUAUUUGGCGACCAUCUUAGUAACGCAAUUGGAUUUGUCACCCUUUUACUUAUGAUUGGCACCGCAACCCCUCCUGCUACACAGAUCAUCCCGGGAUGUCUGGUUUCUUCUUAGCCGUUGUCUUUAGCGCAUCGAUGAGAGAAUUGCCUGAAGAUGGGGAUACGUUAGGACUUACGAUGACUCUUUGCAGAUUACUGCAGUGCAUUCUUUUGUAGAGGGCUGUAGUUGUAACGACACAAGAUGCUACCAGGAAGACUGCAGGAAUACAUACUUGUAAAAUGGGAGUCCACAAGUCAAACUGGUAAAAGCCACCAUGAUAAAAAUCGACGGAAAAUGCAUUCUACAUAAUUAAAAAACAACUUUUAACACAAUACAAUAAACAACUUAAUCAAUCACAUGAGUUCUGUAGUGUGGGUUUCAUUUUUAAUGGAAUGGGUCAGAGUGGGUAUAAAUGUGGAGGAGUGGUGGAAAUAACCCAACUUAAUUUGGGUACCUCUGACGGUAGAGUUGGAGGGUGGAAAUUACCCUCCAGAGGCGGAUUUAGGGGGCGGAACAACCCCACCCCUUUUUGGAAAGUAAAAAACAGAAAUAAUUUAUCACCCAAAACGCCUCAGAUGUUAUUUUUGGGCAUCUAGAAAACUAACAUUUCUCCGGGGCAUGCCGCCGAACCCCUUAGUGAUGUGUUAUCUCGAUCGGCCCAUUUCCGGCCCCUCCCCCACUGUCGGCCCCCUUUUGGACUUCUGGAUCCGUCCCAUGCCUUGUACGAAGCUCUGGCAUUUUUUAAAUUUGGAUAAUAAU